UCUCACAACUAACGAAUCCUAUUACUUUUUCGUGCGCCGCUAUUAAUUUAAUAAUUUAAAUAAUACACUAAACAAACACAAAGAAAAUAAGUGUUCUUGAUUUUGUUAAAUUUUUAUUAAUUUGAGAAAUCAGUCAAUGGCAAAUAAGCAGCUAUAGUUGCAUCGGAGCAAAAAUAUAAACGCCGCCGCUGAGGCGGUGGCGUCGGUAACUGUUUUUCUUUAACUGAGUGUUUUUUCUGUCGUGGUCAAAACGAAAGCGCGUUACGCCAGCAGAUCAGCAGCAGCACCAGCGGCCUCAAAGAAAGGCAGCGCGACAGCAGCGAUCGUGAGUGUGAUUUGGCGAGCAAGCUAGAAAGAGAAAGCGCAUGCUAUUCAAUGUAAAUGUGAAGCGUGCGUGUGAAAAAGAGUGCGAAAGAAAAUAAAAGUUGAAAAAAAAAAAAAAAAAUAAAUAAAAUUAUAAAGCAGCGUAGAUAGCGCAAAAGUGAAAGAACCAAAAAAACAACUUAACAACAAAUCAAACAAAAUGAGUGCCAACAAUCGACGACGUAGCAACAGCAGCAGCAACAGCAGCAAUCGCCAAUUGGCCACAGCUGACCGAAUGAAUGCAGCUAUGGGUGUACGCGAUGUCGGCGUUGGCGGAGAUAGCGGAUUUAACAAAUUUGACGCCAGCAGCGUUGACGACGCCAGCAUAGGGGAGCUGCUUGAGAUGCCGCGCGUGUGUCGCUGUUGUUGUAAAGGCGACAUGGAAUUGCUGAGCCUGUUUGAGGCCAGCGAUGAGGCAGACAAACAGCAGACAACAAAAAAUCAACGCCGACGCAAAGCACCAACAACUCCAACAACUGCAGAAGCAACACAACAGCAACAAUAUCAACAGCGCAAAAGUGAUAAUCCCGUGGAAUAUGCGCUCAGCUGUGCGCAUAGCAGCAUGGACACUGUGCGAGAAGAGAUGAUCGUUUGGAUGCUCAAUAUCUCAUAUAACGACGGCCUGCCCCAGGAGAUAUGUCGCCAAUGUAAGGCGCAGUUUAUAAUGGUGGCCAAGUUCCGACGGCGCUGUUUGCGUGUGCAGCUGCGUCUGGAGGAGUACGCCAAGAAGAUAGCCGAGCAUAAACAAACUUUAGUAGCCAAGUUGAAUAGCAGAACACAGUCAAAUGAUCUGCCUGCAGAGGAUUACCUGCAUUUGCCGGAGUCGCAAACUGAACGGAAGCGGCGGCUGGUGCUUGGUAUGGAGACAGCACAGCCGGAACAGCAACCGGCGCCCAAACUAGCCAAGACUGAAGUCGAUGUAGAGCUGCCGACAGCGUCUAGACUGCAACAGAUACGAACGCGCAAAAUGCGAAUUGCCUCUUUGCCUGACACCAGAAUUGAAGCUGAACCUGCGUCGGCAAUAGCGACACGAAGUGUGUCCCAGCAGGGCGAAGCCAGGUUAAGGGAGGGAACUCCACACAGAUCACCCUGCAAACGAUCACGCAUGCCCUGGAAAACGAAAGCGGCACGCAAACAGCUUUCCGAAACAUUGUCGAGCUGCUCGAUGAGACCCAACUGUCGAACAGACAUUACGACAUCGCCUGUGCUGCCAAGAGUCCAAUUAAUGUUUCCAUCAGCGCCGAGUUCCGAAAAUGAGACAGAAACACGCGAUGGCCACACAUCUCCGGAGCAGCUUAGCGAUUUAUCUGUUAAUCCGUGUCGCGGCUUUGACAGCGAUGGCCACAGCUGCUCGUCUUCAACUUCCUCCUGCAUAUCCGCUUCCUCAUCAACAGCUGUGAGCGCCGGCCAAAAGGCGACAACGCCGAAUGCCAAGCUGAAGUUUCCACCAAAACGUAGAUCGCCCAAAAAUCUCAUGGUGCUACGCCGUGGUCGUCGAACGCGAGUGACAGUCAAGACAGUGCCGCUCAAGCGUUCGAGGCGCAUUACAGGAAAGAAACAGAAACAGACAAGACCUGAAAAUCAAUUGCCCGAAAAACAUUUGAUAGAACAGUCGAGCAACAAUUUAAUAGAGAAGCCGUCCGUGGAUACAACCGCAAGUGAGACAUUAGAGAAGUUGGCAAGUAGCUCUUCGGAUGAGGCGCCGCACAGCAGCCCGGAUGGUUACACUGAAGUCAACUCGGAGCAUCAACUUCCAAUUCCAACAGAUGAGCUGCAGGCUGACUUAAGUAAAACAGAAGCCAACGCGGUAAAGACCACUGUAGAAGUAAUAGGAUUUAGGGAACAGCAGGAAGCCGCCGCGACUGUGCAGGUGCAGUCACCAGCACCCUCAGAGCCAAUCCAAUCCUCUCCAGACAAUGAAGUCAAAGAAACGCAGGCCAUAAUUCCAAAAGAAGAAGUAGAGAGCAUAUCAAAGGAAGUCAACGUGGAAAGCGAAGCUGAAGUUGUAGUAGCGAUAGCAGCAUCGAAUGGAAUUGCAGAGUCAGCUGAUUCGACAGUACAAUUCGAGGAGCUUACGUCGUCCACCACGGAGCAGGGCAAACAAUCUCUGACGACCGACGGGACAGCAACAGAGUCAGAAGCAACGAAUGACGAGCAAGAGCUGGAGGAAGAGCCACAGUCUGACGAGGAGACCAAGGAGUCGGAGCUUAUAGUAAGCAUACCCUUGGACAUGCUAGACGAUGACCUGCAGCGUAAGUUAUGCAGCAGCACUGAUGCACUGGCUGAUGUAGGGCAGCCGGACAACGAGCCCAAAGAGCCUGCGGAGGCAGACGAUGUGAACAACAACGAGAAUAGCGAGCAUUUUUGCCAGAGUGCUACAGCAGAUAGCUUCAAUGCUGCUGUAGCACUCGCAACCAAACAAAUUGAAGCAGAACCCAAUGGGGGCGUGACGAUAGUGACAACGCUAGAUGACGAUAUGGAGUCACUGGAGCGAUUAGCCAAUAUGCAGCAGAAUCAGAAUCAGCCAGUUGACGAAGUGCAGGUGCCACGUGCUGGCCAUGCCAGUUCCAUGGACUUUUUGGCCGAAUUCGAAAAGCACUGCGAGAAGACGCUCAAGCUGCAGGCGCGUCAACCAGUGCCGCCACUUGAAGUGGAGCUCGAGCUGGUCGACGCCAAACAGCAGUUGGAGGUGGAAAUGAAUGAUGUGGAGAGUACGCUGCAUGGCAUACUCAAUGAGAUGCAGGAUCAGCAUCUCUACACGCCUGUCUGUACGCCCAUCGAUGAGCUGCUGACGCCUGCGGAUUACGUGGUACUCAAUGAAACGGAGACGACAGUACCCACGCCUGCCCCGCCGCAGCUGUACGAGCCGCCAGCUGAGACAACGCAGGCACAGCAGCCACAGGUGAAAGAGGGAAAUCUAUUCGAUAGCAGCAAUUUCAGCAAUGAGCUGAUUGGCUUCCAAAACGAUAUGCCCUGCUUUGAGAACAUUGAGGCAACGCCCGAGUCGGUGGCAGCGCAGCAGAGCCUGCAACUGGAGCUGACGCAGUUGCUCAAUGAGCUGCAACCAGCACAACAGCCAUUGCAACCGGUGCAGCAGCAACAGUUGCAGAUACAGCCGGAGGCAGUUAGCUAUGAGACACUGUAUCCUGCAGCACUGCCCGCUCCCUCGGCGAAUAGCAACAAGUUGCAACUGAUCCAAAUGCAGCCACAGGAGACGGUAUGGCAGGCACAGGCAACCGCCGCCCAACAGGCGACAGCCACACAGCUGCAGUGGUCGACGGUGGGCGGCUUGGAGGCCAUCAAGACAACACCUGUUGCCGGCGUGGAUACUCUGGACGGUAGUGGCACAACCACCUACUAUAUCAAUGCCAGUGAUCUCUACCAGACGCAACUGCAGCCGCAAACGACGCAGCUGACGAGCGAUGGCUAUGCGCUGCUGGACAGCAAUAAGAACUAUGUGCUUGAGUCGCAGGAUCAACAGCGAUUGCCGCAGUCACAGCAGCAGCAGCAGCAGCAGCAACAACCCAUCAUGAUACUCAUACAGCAGCCUGAGCUGCAACAGCCUGUGGCAUCCGCCAGCAAUCCGCAGCAGCCGCCGCUGCAUAUAACUUAUGGCGGCAGUCUGAGCAAUGAGCUGCACGCCGCCUAUCCACAACAACAAUUGCAGCAGCAUCAACAGCAGCAGCAGCAGCAACAGCUGCCACAGCCACAGACACAACCACAACUACAACGUCCGCAACAACAAGUACAAAAUACAGUAUUAGGCUUACCUGCUGUCGUGCCGCCGCCCACACGUGGCCGUCCACCCUUAUUAAAGUGCCGUUUCUGUCAGAAUGGACCACGCUUCUCCAGCAGCCUGGAAUACAGUCGUCACAUCAUUGAGCUGCAUCCGGCCGUGGCGCCAUUCAACUGUCCACACUGCCCGCUGGCUUUUCCCGGGCGUAGCAAGCGCAAUCAGCACAUCCUAAGCCAUCAUAUGGUGCAGCAGUUCCACUGUGGUCAAUGCUCUCAGAUGUUACCCUCGCAGCGAGCUCUAGAUUUGCACCUGCAACGCUUCCAUAUGUCGCUGCCCACUGAGCCACCAGCUGCUGCUGGAGUGCGACUCGAGGAGGUUCAAUUGCAAAUAUCUAAUAAUACCGAACAGCCUAAACAGCACCACCAGCAGCAGCAUCCGCAGACACUUAGGCAACCACUGAAACAGCAGCACCAGCAGCAUAUGUCGGCAUUGGAAUUACAAACAAGCACCCAACAGCCACGCAAGACGCGCAUACUGUGCUGCCCAGACUGCGAGGACUGCUCUUCGGCCAGUGGACACAAUCAUGGCAGAGGACAGUCGUCAUAUGAGGAGCUGUCCAACUUGCAGCCACCGCCAAAUGUUUUAACGCCGCCUUCGACUAUCGCAUCGCUGCCAUCACCGCAGCCGGCGCCGCACAUAACGCUGCCUUCGCCGGAGCAAUCGGAGCCGGACUCGACGACAGCCACACUGAGGCAGUUCCGCAAGCGCUGCAUACCCAGCAACUGUACGACAGCAGGUACAGCUUCCAUUUCCACAUCAGCAGCAGCAGCAACAACAACAGCAACAGCAAUACUAUCAGCGGCUCCAUCGCCGUCUCCGUCUUCCUCGCCAUCCUCGUCGACAAUGGAAACGGGCGCCACACUGCAGCUGGGCAAAUUACGCAGCAACCAUCAGUGCGUCGUCUGCGAGAAGCGUUUCACGAAUAUCAUUGCGCUGCGCAAGCACCAGCAGCUAGCCCAUGACUCACAGACAACGAUGCCCUGGGUGUGCGGGAUUUGCAAACGGGGCUAUCGGAAACGCACCGACAUGGACAAUCACAUGAAGUCGCAUGAGCCGAAGGGUCGGCCGUACGAGUGCAAUGAGUGUUGGGUACGUUUUCCGGAGUUUAAGCAGCUGGCCAUGCACAAGUUCACCGUCCAUGAGCUGAUCAAGCCGCAUACCUGCGAUGAGUGUGGUAAACAAUUUGGUACGGAGAGCGCCUUGAAGACGCACAUUAAGUUUCACGGUGAGCGCGGCUUCGAUUGCGAAGAAUGCGGCGAUGUCUUCGUUUAUAUGAAAGAUUUGCGCAAACACCGUCGCAGCCACAACAACGAAUUAUUUUACAAAUGUGUCAACUGUCCGCGCACGUUUCUACAUUUUACGAGUUAUCGUGCUCAUAUUAAUACCCACCUGCCGCUGGGCGUUUUUCUCAACGACAAGAUGCCUAGCAGCGUAAAUAGCAAACUGGAAAAUCCGGCGAUGCCAGCAACUGUCGAAGAGUCAUCACUGCCCUUAACGCCGCUUAGCAACUGCAAUGGCAACAGUAGCAGCAUCGAUGAUUGCCCAGGCUCCGUCGAACUGGUGGAAAGCAGCGUGACGCCUUCGUUGGACAUGAUUGUGGAUACGCCAUAACAAUUGGCGCAACUUUAUUAUUUGAUUUAUCAGGAACCUGGAACGGCGCCUUCCUACUACUAUUGCUAUGCCUAGCAAUGGGUUUCACUCAUCCACAAACACACACAUGCACACAUACACACACAGAGAGAGAAAAACCCAACACAACAUGAAAAACUGUUGCAGACUGCAUUCAAUGCACACUAGUUCUAAGCCACACACGCGCUUACUUAGUUACACAUAAGUUCUAGUAGAGUGAAGCUUAGAUCUAAAAUAAAAGAGUGGAGGAUUGAAUUCAUCGAACGAUUGUAAUAUAUAUAUAUACAUAUAGGUACUACGCAGUACAGCAAAAAGAAAAAAGAAAAAGAUUUGUGAAUAGGAAAGUAUGUAUAUACCUUUAUUUUAUUAUGUAACCUCAUUUCAGGUGCAAACAAUAUAAAAAUAAUUUUGUCUUCUGCAGUCUAAAAUAUUACAUUUAAGAUCGAUUAUUAGGGCCUAUCCAAAUAUUUGCUCAGAGAUUUAAACCACAAACACUCAGCCAUUAAAACAAAUAUUUUCAUAACGCAUUUUGUAACGAAUGAAACGAAUGACAUUGAUUGAAAUCUACUUAACUUAGUUUUUAAGAGGUAUCCAUUAUUAUUGAGUUUUCCUGUUUAUGGGUAAAUAU